ACGGCGGCACUUCCGCACGCUGAAAUCUAAUCCGUUUGACAUCUAAACUGGGCCUUCAGACUCCGAGCGCCGCGUCCGUCCCGCGUCUCACGCUUACACACAGGAGAACCGCGUAAAGGCACGCAGCUCAGGAGCGGAAGCGGAUAAACCAGCGGUUCGUCAACUUUUAUCCGUGAUUUCCGGUGUGAGCGCUUUUGCCGCGGGUUUGUUUUCCUUUCGUUGGCAGGCUGUUUUUGUGUGUGUUAACUUCCCCGGCAGCUGGAUUCUGCUUAAAAAAACACAAACACAUCGUGAUUAGGAUCGCUGCUUUGUCCGGACUGUGUACUGUGUUUUGUAUUUCGCUGUCGGUUCUGAGCUAAAUCUUAAUCUUAUCCUAUCCUAGCUUAUCUUAGCCGAAGUUAGUUUUCGAUGCUAGCUGUAGCUGCGGGUUUUAGCUAGCAGAGUGAGCACGCGCUGAUUUCGUUUCCAUAGCAUUGGCCUUUUUUUUUCUCCUGUUCCAGUCCUUAAGGAGAGAGGGAGCGCGCGCGUGAGAGAUCGGGGUGCACACAGCCUCCAUAUAGAUAUAGGUAUAUAUAUAUAUAUACAGAAAGAGAGAUAUAUUUAUUUACCCCCUACUCCUACCCCUACCCCGUGAUCACAAAGGAUUCGGGUUGAAUUCCACUUGCAGAAGAAAGAAUCAAGAAGAAACCUGACAUGAUGUUUCCACAAGCCAGACACUCGGCCGCGUCUCAAUCAGCACAACCGCUUAAGUUCACCACCUCGGACUCCUGCGACCGCAUCAAAGACGAGUUCCAGUUCCUCCAAGCACAAUAUCACAGUCUAAAGCUGGAGUGUGAUAAACUGGCCACGGAGAAAUCAGAGAUGCAGCGUCAUUACAUCAUGUACUACGAGAUGUCGUAUGGACUCAACAUCGAGAUGCAUAAACAGGCUGAGAUCGUAAAGAGGCUGAACGCCAUCUGCGCUCAGGUGCUGCCCUACCUGUCCCAAGAGCAUCAGCAGCAGGUCCUGGGAGCGAUUGAGAGAGCCAAGCAGGUCACUCCACCAGAGAUGAACUCAAUCAUUCGGCAGCAGCUCCAGGCCCACCAGCUUUCUCAGCUGCAGGGUUUGGCUCUGCCCAUGACCCCUCUACCCCUGGGCUUGACCCCCCCAACCUUGCCUUCCUCUUCCUCCUCGUCCUCCACCGCUCCGGGUCUCUUCUCUCUUUCCAGCAUCUUGGCGUCACACGCUCACCUCGCCAAGGAAGAGAAGAACGCCCGUGACGCCGCCAACAGCGCCGACACGCACCGCGACGACGACGGGGACAAAUCCGACUGAGUCCACCUUCUCUUUCGCCGAGAGCACAGAGACAAUGAAAAAGAGCACAGCAUUGUUUUUCAUUUUCAUUUACCUCCCGCAUCGUUCUCCUUAUAAAAGCCUCUCGCUUUCCUGCAUGCAAGCCUUAGUUUAAAUAAGUCCUUUAUAGUUGCGUUAAAAUCUGCCCUUUUUUUUUUUUUGCCGUUCCUGCUUCCUCCUUUUUUGUUCGGGGUUGUCGAGCGCUUAUUAUUCCACUGCGGGAUCCCUGGCUUCCUGCACGUUUCCUGCGCUCCUUCUCGUACAAGCUAGUCCUCAGACUAAACAGAGCAGCUUCUGGAUUAAGCAGAGGAGACGAUCCUCUUUCCAGACGCUCAGACAAUCUGUCAUUCCUUUAAUUCCCUCUUUGCAGACGUGGCAAAAUCGGAUAGAGUUUGAAAGAUCUUGUGAAAGCACAAUUAACCAAAUCAGCAAAAUCAGUCAUUGUAUAAAUACUGUACAACCCAGUUGCUCUCUCUCUCUCUCUCUCUCUCUCUCUCUCUCUUUCUCUUUUUCUUUAUCUUUCUAUAUCUGCUUGAAGCUUUGCUUUUCAAAAAAUGUUAAAAGAUGAAGCUUGCGAAAAUAAAAAGAGGUUUUUCAUCUAUAAUAAUUCUAGUUUUAAAGAUGCAUUACUUUAUUUCCAGAUUUUUUUGUAGUUUUUUUUUUUUAUUUUCUUUUUUUUUCACCCUCAUUUUCUUUUCUUUUUUUUAUAGUAAGACGAUAUAUAUCGUAUGUAAUAUGGUACAAUGUCUUGCAUAAAAAUCAUUCCUCUUGAACUCUUCCGUUUAUUGUAAUUUUACGACCUGAGCAACGUCGUGGUUGUAGCCUUAUUUUGGGUCGGGAGGUUAUAAGAAAAGCGAAAAAAACAACCGAGAGGCUGAGAUCUCCGUGCAUAACUGGAGCUACCACCACCAUGCUUCAGUCUGUGGAGAGUCAUUAUUUACUCCUAGUUCCAUCUUAUUUCAACCGAGGUUUAAGAGCUAGCGAUUUAACCGGUUGCUGUAAUUUAAUUGAUAUUUUGUUGGUCGUUAAAUCAGUGGAUUAGUUUUUGAUUUGGAAUCAAUUCACACUUUGUGAAUUAUCUAGAAAAAUUUACUAAUUUACUUAAAAUUGAUAAAUUCUUUAAAAACUUUUCAUGGUUUAAAAAACAAAUUCCACUUUCUGCAAAUACUCUUGUUUUGCUAGAGUAUCGCUUUUGACUUCCAUGUGCAGCCGGUGCAAAACCUCCACCUACUUGAUAGGAUUGUGGAGCAAAAGAUUAACAGGGAAAUAUAUAUAUAUAUUAAAAUCACUUUGUUCGAGACACGACAUUUAAUAAAAAUAAAAAAAAGUAUUUUAAUUCGUUUCAAAUACUUAAAAAAAAAAGUUUUUGCUUUGUUAAUGCUUCAAAACCUAUAAGAAGUCAUUGCUUUAAAUAAACGAGGCAGCAAACUUUUUUGCUAUUAAAUCAAUAUUUAAAAAAAACCUUAACGUUCAUAAAUCGAAUUGAAUCAACAGUUUAUCUGUGAUUCACAUCUGUCACAACCGCCGACAGAAGAUAACAGCCUGCAAAUGUUAGAUUUCCCACAAACGUAAUACAGUAGUAAUAGCUGUUAAAUGUGUCUGGAUUUCUCACAUUUGUGGUAAAAGUAAAAAAGCUUAAGCUUUCGAAAUCUUCAUGACGUCUCACGUUAGUGAGAUUAUUACAUUAAAAACCUGCAGAUUUGGUUUUAUGUUUGUGGUUUAUUACGUUUGUGGGUUGAUAUUGCGUUGGCGGGUGUUACACACACGCACACACGGCUCUAGUCAGCACUACUUACCGUCACAUGAGUCAGACAAACACCAGCUUGAAAAGAUUUUAGGCAAGCUUUAGUUUACAAGUCUGAUAUUUGAUGGAAACUUCAGCUGUUUUUUAUGUCUCUUAGACACAUGAAAAAGUCUUUAGGAGGGGAUUAUGUGCUUUUGCAUAUUUUUUGCAUUAUUUUCUUUCUCUUGUUACCUUUAAGAGACAGGCUGAACAGCUGUUUAUUGCUGCUAUAUCAUCAUAUUAAUAUUAAUAGGUCAUGACAGAAGCUAAUUGGUUUUAUGGACUUUCCAGAACAUUAAACUGGAUUAAAUGGAUGAAAAGUAAAAUGUGGUAUUCAUCAAUUAAUAAUUUUUUUUUCAGACAUAAUAAUAAAAAGCCGUCAUUGAUUAGUUUCCUAGAACAGCGUGCCGCACUGUUGCUGUUUAUUCCUCACACGUAUCAAUGCUUACUUUUGACUUUCCCCCCUGUGGUGCUUUUCAUUUAUAGCCUUUUUGAAAAGCAGACAUGAAAGCGCAACUCUUGCUUCUCUGUUUUCAUUUCAGUCUCCUCACGCUUUGCUGCAGGCAGGCGCUUUUCAGAGCGACUAAUGGAGUGUGUGAGCUCGAACAUGUUUUCCUCUUCUGUUACCUAAAGCAGGUAUAUUGUUCUGCUUCUCUCUCUUUUCCCCUCUUCCUCCGUCCGCGCUCUCUUUCUCUAAGAUUUGUGCACAUGGGACCUGCGUUGUGAACGGUGAAUUUGUGCCAUAUACAAAUAGGAAGAAAAUUCGUCCAAAGUCCGAACGAUUGGAAUAGCGUGCAGGCUUUGCUUCGACAUACCCAGAAUGCACUUCUCACGUUCGAGAGUGUGUUGUUGUUGGGAAGAGUCGAGAUUUCUAGAUCGAAUCAUUUUUUUUUUCCCCUGACUCAGAUGCUCUAAAUAAUGGUCUGUAUUGAUCCUGUUUUUUUUUUGUUUUUUGUUUUUUUUUGUUUUUUUUUUCCCCUCUCUCUUAGAGAACGAAAUAAACACUGAGACAGACGCUUUAAAGAUCAGGUGCCAUCUCGGAGCCGCUUUGCACAAAAAAAGUACAGCAAGAUCUGUCCCAACUGAGAGAGAUGUCAGGAUUCGGAAUGCAAGUAUGGCUCAUGUACAAAAGAACAGGUGAUGGCUUGUGUGUUAAAUAAGGAAGUACAGGGGAAAAUGCUUAAAGGGUCCAAUCUUAAAGUCUUUCUGGAGAAUUUCGCUGUUGAAACACUCAUAAAAUGGAUCCUUAUGUAAACCGAAACUAAAUUUAGUCAUGGGUAAGAUCCUGUUGGUAGUUUUGUCACUUUAAAUUUGCUAAAUGGGGGGACGAGUGUUACAGAAAAGCAAACUCGCACCAAAUAAUAAUUUUAUUGAUUUUAUUUUAUUUUUUUUGUUUUUUAAAAAAUGCAUCAUGCUUUAUUUUUUCAACUCCCCCCAAUUUUUUAUCUUCUGUUAAAUCACCACAGGGUGGCAGAAUUUCCUUGAGAACAUAAUCCUUGAGUCUUGGACCUGUUUGACUUUUAGGAAUUUACUACCUAAAUAACAAGAAUUUGUUUUGAUUUGUUUGAGAACGAGGAAAUGAUCAAACUCCAGGUCUUAAGGAUGGAAAAGAGAAGAAACAUGAUGUGUGCGGUGCGUGGUAAUAUAUUUGGGGAUGAAAGAGUGUGUGUGUGUGUAUGUGUGUGUAGAAUAGGAUGGAAAAGUAUAGUUUGUAAUGUAUGUAUUUUAGACACGCUUUUAAUCUUUGUCAGUCAACAAUAAAAACGGAAAAGGACCUUGACGUCAGUGUGUCCUCGCUUAAAAAAAAAAAAAAAAAAAAAAAAAGGAUUAUUUUACGGGGGAAAAAAAUAAAUUUUCUCAUAGUGUAGUCAUCCAGCUUGGGGAAAAAAUGACUAAUCAUGAUGUAAAGAGAAAAAUCUACUAGUACGUGCAACACACAGCUUGCUUUUCUAUAUUUUGGAUUUUACAUACAUGAGGUUAGAGUAACUGAUCACCUUUUUUUUUUUUUUUUUUUUUUGCUCUUAAACAUUUGUAUUUUAACUAGUUCUGUUAAAUGCACUUGAUCUAAAUCAUGUCACCAUGAGGGGGAAAAAUAAAAAAUAGUCAAACAAAGUACACCUUACUGGAAAGAUCUGGAUCAAAUCAAAUCAAAUGGUUUGAGUGUGAGUUUGUGUGUUAAUGUUGUGAAGGGACAUUUUCUAAUAUAUGUAUAAAUAUAACAAUAUACAUAUAAUUUUGUAAACAUUUUCUAUGUAUAAAGCUACAUUUAUCAUAUAUGUGUGUGUGUGUGUGCACACGAAGGACAUGUUGUAGUGUAUGCAGUUUUGAUGACUGACUGACUGACUCCGAGACUGUCCAGUAUAUUGAUUGAGAUGUACGUCUGCUGAAAUACUAAGUUGUAUUUCAGAUAAAAAAAAAAAAACUAAUAAAAAUUGAAAAAAAUUGUCUGUAGUUGUUAAAGUAGCUAGCGAUCAGCCCAUCUUGUUGGGACCUGAAGUAUUUUUCCUUUACACUUCUUUAAAAAAAAAAAAAAAAAAAAAAAAAAUUUAUGUUUAAUGAGUUAACCAAGCUAAGUAGUCACGCAGGUCCAGAUGAUGGUUGAUUAUAAAUUGUAAAUACAAUAUCAGUUUUUUCAUCACCUGUAAAGUUAAUGUCUGUUUUUGAUCAGACAUUAAAAACAAGUUCAAUCCUUCUGGUUUUGUUCCCCACCAUAAUUAGUACGUUUACUUUUACUUCUCCUUUUUGUGAUGUGUGUUAAACUUUUGAGUGUGUUCUUGCUGAAAGUGUGUCAGUUGUGUUCUGAAGAUCAAUGUUGCGCUUUUUUUUUCUUUUCUUUCUUUUUUUUUAAAUGAGGAAAAAAAAAACAAUUGUGAGACUCAAAUUUGUUUCAUUAUUCAAGACUGGGAUUCUGCAGUAAGGAAAUAUUUAUGGUGCCUUACAAAUAAAAGCUUCAGUGUACCUCCUGA